AUGUGGAAGAGCACCUUAGCUUUAUGCGAGCAAUGGUGCUGCUUUCUUGCUACACUAUUCCCCAAAGUGUUUUGCACUGCAACACUCACAUGGGCUCAAUUUGUCAUGAUCUUUAUUGUCCCUGACUUUGUCGAGUCCCGGUUACAAAAAUAUUUCCAUUUCAUUGUUACCAACUUUAUGUACAUUCUAUGCAUUUACACUUACUUUAAAAUUAUACGUACUGGACCAGGUUCUCCAUUGGACUACCCACAACUCAAGAUUAGAUUUUUCAAUUCAGAUAAUCCGUAUAAACAGUUUCCUGCCAAUGAAGAACCUCCAGCAUUUAUGACUGUACAUACGUUGAAACUCGGGGGAAACCAGGGUUUCCGAUAUUGCAGCAAAUGCAAUUGCUGGAAACCAGAUCGAACACAUCAUUGCUCAAGUUCAGGGAAAUGUAUUUUGAAAAUGGAUCAUUACUGUCCAUGGUUUUCGAUUUGCAUUGGGUUCUUCAACUACAAAUUUUUCAUUCAGUUCCUAUGCUAUAUUGCCAUUUAUUGUUGGAUAAUAUUUGCCAUCACGAGUGUUUUGCUUUAUAAAUUUCUUAUUAAAGGCGGAUACGAGGACCAAUACUUGUCGAUUAAUGUUGUGUUGUUGUGCGUAAUUGCACUUACGUUUGCAUUUACGGUAACUGUUUUUGCAGGGUUUUCAAUGUAUCUCACGUCAAGAAACCUAACUACAAUCGAGUUUCAAGAGCGAAGAUGGAAUUACAGAGGUGCUGAUCAGUAUAGUUAUGAGUUUGACAAUAAUGGGAAACAAAAAAAAUUGGCCAAUAUCUUUGACUUGGGCGUUAAGGAGAAUAUGCGUCUGGUAUUAGGAGAAUCGUGGUGGUCGUGGUUGUUACCCAUUGACAUCAAUUGUAGAAUUGCAAAUCUGGGAUACAAUAACGGAAUCAACUUUAAGGUGAACAAAGAAGUUUACGCCAAAUGGUGCAAUAAUGCCGAGCUACAGAAUCAGUUGAAUGAGCAAUUGAGAGAGUAUUCCAGCCGAAUGAGGAGCGCCAGAAACUAUGAUUAUGCUGACGUUAGUGAUGGUGAUGUGGAUAAUAAUAGUAAUGUAGGGGCAAGUGUUUAG